UUUUUGCUUUACAGGAUUUCUGGAUUCUAGAAACACUCUACCCUUUUAUACUAUUUUUUUGAUAUUUGAGCUGGGAUUUUCCAACAUUUAUGCUUCCUUUCAGAAACAAAUGUUUCUAUCUUUGACUAGAUUUCAUGCAUUAACUCCAUCUGCCAUUAAAAACACUCACUCACUCACUUCCACUCAAGUCUUAUUGGUUAGUUCUCAUUACUGAAUGGGCAAUUCUUCAGACUUUUCAGUUCUUUCUAGUCCACUUUCAUCUCCUAAUGUUGGUGCCCUCCUUAAGAUCAAGAUCAUUUCAUGGAGUCAAGAAACUGGCUUGCCUGUCACUAUUCGAGUUCGGAUAGGUAAUAGAACCUUUAACUUGCAUAAGCACCCAUUGUUUUCAAAGAGUGGAUACUUCAGAAGACAAUUGAAUGAAUCAAAUGAGGUUGAAUUACCCGGAAAUUUCCCAGGAGGACAGGAGACCUUUGAAAUGAUGGCGCUUUUCAUCUAUGGAUCGUCCACGUUGGUCGAUCCUUUCAAUGUUGCAGCACUAAGAUGUGCAGCAGAAUUCCUGGAAAUGACAGAAGAAUACAGCUCUGGCAAUCUUUGUGAGCGUUUCGACAUAUAUUUAAAUCAGGUAGUACUACAAAGCUGGGACGAUACUCUGAUAGUCCUCCAAAAAUGCCAAUUAUUGCUUCCUUUGUCUGAGGAGCUGCUGAUUGUUAGUCGUUGCAUCGAAUCACUUGCCUUUAUGGCUUGUAUGGAAAUUCUUGACCCCGAAAGGAGAAGAGACCAUCCGGUUGUUACAUUAGAGGCCUUGGCUAAUCAGCAUUGGAGCGACGAGACAGUCAAGGAAAUUCUCAGCCAAGAUUUAUGGAUUAAAGAUCUUAUUGCAUUGCCAUUUCCAUUUUUUAAGAGGAUAAUAUCGUCUCUGAGAAGACAAGGAAUGAAGGAGAAAUAUGUCAGCCCAAUAGUACUUUUCUAUGCAAACAAAUGGGUACUUUCUAAAAAGACACACCAGUUUUGGCAGAAUGCUAGUAAGGAAAGUGAAGUUGAAAAUAAUACUGAUGAUGAUAAUAAUAAUGAGACAAAUGAAAAAGUUUCCAAAAUACUUCAGGGAAUUCUUGACUUGCUGCCAAUGGGAGAGAAAGCUAGUAAAGUAAUACCUGUUGGAUUAUACUUCGCUUUGCUUUCAAGAUCAGUUCAGCUCGGUUUAAGAAUUGAAAGUAGAGAAAAGUUGUUAGAUCAGAUUGCCUGUCUACUAUACUUGGCUCAAGUGGAAGAUUUUCUCCUUCCAGAAAGCGACAACGACUCCAUUUCUUCGUGCAUUGAGUUAACAAUAAUGAAGAGCAUAUUUUCAAAAUAUGUAACCUUCGGAAUGGAGUUACCUCAUACACCUUCACCAAGAAAUUACGUCGUUGCUGAACUUUGGGAUGCAUAUCUAACCAAGAUAGCCACUGAUCCAAAAUGGAGUGCUAAAAGAUUCCUGGAACUCAUUGAAACUGUUCCAUUGUCCAGCAGGCAAACUCAUGAUCAUCUCUACAGAGCUUUAAGCACUUUUCUCAUGGCACAUCCUGAUAUGUCACAAGAGGAGAAAGCAUUGGUGUGCAAAUACCUCAACUGCCAGAAACUUUCACAAGAAGUGUGCAUUGAAGCAGUUCAAAAUGAAUUGAUGCCAUUGAGACUUAUUGUCCAAGCGCUGUUCGUUCAGCAACUAAACACACAACAAGCUUUUAAAGAAUGUUCAGACUCGUUCCGAUAUGCUCAUUGUGGAGAAUACUCGGGAAGCCUCUCGAGUACAAUAUAUGCAAAUUCCAAAAGCCAGAAUUUGGUAGAGAGUCCAUAUAUGGAAGGAAGCGAAGGCGGAAGCAAACCACUAAGCUUCUUGUUAAAAGAUUCAGCAGUGCAAAAGUCUGAAUUCUCAAAAAAGGAAUAUGAAUCCACUAGCUUCAGAAUCCAAAAUCUUGAACAUGAAUUAAUAUCCUUGAAAAAAACGCUUCAACUACAGCACAUUUCUAAGCAAACAGAAACCAUUUCCAAGAAAGCUGAACCAGUUUCUGCAGAUUAUCAGAGCCUGAGACCAUACGGUUUAGAAGGAAGAACACCAAGCAAGAAGAGGAAUAACCCCGUUGGACAAGUGACUAGUUGCAUUGGUUCUGUGAAUUUGUCUUCCCAACGACGAUAUGCUACUAGGUUACUGAAGGUUUUUCGGAGGAUAAGUUUGUUUGGCAGAGGAAAAUCAAGAAAAAAAUCAGGUGGCAAUGGCCUUAGGCCAAAGACAUUGAACUUAUAAACUACUCAUGUAAUUGCAUUGUUGGUCAAGAACCGUCGAAUAUGACACAGUAUAAUAUUUUCCAAUUUUGAUGUAAGAAAGUUCGUGUAAAUAGCAAAAAUAAGAACAUGUUAGUAGAAGUUGAUAUUAUAAUGAAUCAUAAGCAGUUGCAUUUUGGUGCA